AUGAAAUGGAUCAUUCUGUCCGCUCUUUUGAUUUCUUUACUCACCCUCCUUUUCAUCCCCCCAAAAAACCUAGGCUAUGCUGGCAUUGUCUACUGUUUUCUACUGAGUUCCCUUGGGGCUUCCCAGGGCAUUUGGACUAUUUCAAACUAUGUUGCUGGCACCUCAAUCAAGUAUCCCAGGGUAGGCACCAAGUCGAUCCUUGGGACUGUCGUCUGCGAGGCCAAUUUCCUUUCAGGAAUAAUUCUUUGCGUAUUGAACUUCAACACUCUCAGAUACACGUCCAAUCUGUCAAACGCCAGCCACUACAUCCUCUUCUGUUCCAGUCUAUUUGUUGGGCUGUGUUCUUUUUUCAGUUCCAUAGCCACUGGUCUUAUUUGCGCUGUCAUAAGUAUGAUGGACGCAAAGGAUGAGUUGCUAUUCUUUAAAGUCGUUAUACUUGAGGUUAUUCCUGCAUCGGUGGGGCUGAUCGGAUUUAUACUUGGGAUAGUAAUGAGUUCAAAAAGUACGUUAAUAUUAGAUACUAAAUGA